AUGGUCGACGAAACGCCUUCAUCUCUUUGCCGUUACGGUCAGGGGUCUAGUCGAAAGGACGGUACGGGUACUGCUAGUAUGGCUAACGAGAAGGAGUCAAAAGAGUGCAAGGAUGCAUACACGGACAUGAUCUCAACCCCUCGAAUCAAUAAAGUUCCAUUGAAAAUGGCUCCACCUGCAUAUGCUCCAGAAUCAAAGAUGGCGGCUCCAGGUGGAGAUCCCACGACUAGAAAGAAAGCUUUACCUCCUCCUUCAAAUCCUCCACCAAAGUCAGGAAAUUCCGCUGCAGCGUUUCGUUCGAAAUCGUCGUUAACACCACCAAUUGGACCUCCUCCUAGCACAGGAGCUCCAAGUGCAUCUGUUGCAAAAAUUCGAAGUGCUGCUCGACCGCAUAUGAGUGGCGUACAACCAGGUGGAAUAGAGGCAAAGACUGGACCUUCAAAUGGAGCACAAUUGAAACCGAUGGGUCCACCAUCAACUCCACCAAUGAUAACUAAGUCAAAUGCAGGAGGUGCAUCACAAGCGAUUGCACCACCAAAAGCAGCAUUAAACGCAAUCAACACAGCACGUAAUCUAAACAGCGAAAAGAAAGGAGAUGUAACAGAUACCCCAGCAGAAGCUUUUAAUUCCAAACAAUCCCUACCUUUACCAAGUAAAAGCUUCUCAGAAUCAAAGGUACCACCCAGAUCAGCUCCAUUCGAUAUUCUAGCAAAUGACUCGCCUCUUAAUACAAAGACUAUCGAAUCAUCGGCUGCUAUUCUAAAGCCUUCGACUUUGAAUCAACGUGAACUCUCAACCGUAUUAGCGACACCUGUUUUAAAAAGUGGAGGGAAUGUUAUAGAGGAUACCACGAUGGCAAAUCGUCAUGGAUCAGGAACGAUAACCUCGUUGGCUUUGGAAAAAGAGAACGCGAGUGUUUUUACGACUAAAAUGGGAAAAGCUGCUCAAUUUAGCGGUCAACUACGUUUGAAUGUUCCUGAAGAAGAAUUUAUUGUUGUGAAAAAGCGAGAGUCCAAAAGUGUUGAAGCUGAGACGACGAGAAACUCUGGAUCGACGAUCCGAUCGAUCGCAAAUUUUGACGAUACAUUUGAUGAUGUCGAAGAAAUUCCAUUUCUCGAAGAUGAUGAUUUUAAUGCUCAACAGAAUGAAGCAAAGUAUUCUGAGCAUGACGACGAUCCUGAAAUUUCGAUUGAACACUCCCGUCGAUUUUCAAAAACAUCACAAGAUUCUACAAACGAGCACAACGACGACGAUAGCGAUACGACUGUACAAAGAAAUGUGUCGAACGAAGAUUUGUACGAUGACUUGCGUAGGACGAAGCAUCGGUCUCAGUCAUCUCAAGGUCAUGAGUACAGUGGAAGUGAGCACGAUGAGCAAGAAACUCGUGACUCUCGCUCGUCUGCAUAUGAUAAAAGGGAAGAAAUAUCGAACGAGGGAAGCCACGACGAGUUUCGAAAAGCACGAGAUCGCGACAAAACACGUGAAAAGCGCAAGGAAAAGCGUCGUAGUAAACAAGAUGGACCAAAGAAAGUUCAAGCUCAAUUCUUUAACCCGAAAAAUGCACCACACAUUCCGGAUCAUUUACUUGAAUUUAUCAAACGCCCACUUGAAUGUGGUCGUGGACAAAUUGUCAAGUGUUUUAUCGAAAGAAAUGACAGUGGACCAAACAAACUUGCACCUAUCUACACCCUUUUGCUCGAAGUCAAUAGCUCUAGUGGUCGUCCAAUUCUAUACGCAAGGAAAAAUGCUACCAGUCGUAUCACAUCGCACUACGUGAUCUCGAUGAAUAAGGAUGAUUUGAUUUUGUCUCGAAAGAUGCGAAGUCAUCAAUACGUUGGUAAGUUACGGUCAUCUACGAAUAUGAUGGAGUACACAUUGUACGACCAAGGGGACAAUCCGGAAGAUUUGGAUUCUGAUUGUGAAGUUGAUGACGAACUUCGACAAAGCAUUCGUGCAGAAUUGGCGAUGAUUCGGUAUCAUUAUUCGAAAAAACCUUAUCCACGAAAAAUGGAAGUAGUGAUCCCUGCAAUGGAAGAUAAUGGUCAAAGUUAUUUAGAGUGGCGACCAUUAUCCCGUGAUCAAAUGAUGGAAGAACAUGUACGCACGAUUGCAUCAGCUGGUGGUCAAAAUGUUAUCGAUGCCUCAAAUUUCAUCUUCCUUCAUAAGCGGGAGACCAAGUACGACCCUCUUUCAUCAUGUAUUGUCGAUUUUCGUAGUCGAGCAACUUGUGUCUCUGUGAAAAACUUUCAAUUGGUUCACUCGGAGCCAACGAAUGAGGAAUAUAAUGCUCAGUAUCGUCAUUUGUACCCAGAGUAUGUCUAUGAAGACCAAGGUACAAUUUCAUUGCCUCAAGAAUUUGUCUUGCUGCAGCUUGGAAAAGUUGGUAAAGAUUGUUUCAAUAUGGACUUUCAAUACCCUUUAUCCAUGUUACAAGCUUUUGCUAUCAGCCUUAGUCGUUUUGAUACAAAACAACGAUAA